AUGGUCCAGGAUAUUCCAUACGUUCACUUUGACUCGAUCGAGGAUGCCAUCAAGGACAUCGCUGAUGGAAAGUUCGUUAUUGCGGUUGAUAAUGAGGAUCGCGAGAACGAAGGCGACUUGAUCAUGGCUGCAGAGAAGAUCACUACCGAGCAGAUGGCCUUCCUAAUCAGAUACUCUAGCGGAUACGUGUGUGUGCCAGCAGCACCUGAAAGGCUAAAGGAGCUCGAGUUGCCCUUGAUGGUCCCCAACAACCAGGAGCUGAUGAAGACCGCUUACACGAUCACCGUCGACUAUGCCCACAACACCACCACUGGAAUCUCUGCCCACGACCGUGCCCUCACCUGCCGAUCCCUGGCCGACCCCACAAAGACCGCCAAGGACUUUAACCGGCCCGGACAUGUCCUGCCUCUGCGUUAUGCCGAUGGUGGGUCGGUCAACCGGUUCGGCCACACCGAGGCGUCGGUCGAUCUGUGCAAAUUGGCCGGUCUCCAGCCUGUGGCUGUUAUCUGUGAGCUGGUCAAUGAUAGAGAUGGGUCAAUGGCGCGUCGUGAUGAUUGUUACAAGUUUGCGCAGGAGCAUGGGAUCAAGUUGGUUACUAUUGCGGAUAUUAUCAAGUACCGACAGGACCAUGGCUUCGUAGAGAACUUCUAA